UUAAAGGGACAGUGUGACAGGUGCACACAGAGGGUGAUAUGCUGGAGUGGCAGUAGUGGGCGAGACAUGGACCGGGUUAGAUAUUGCAGUAUGAUGUCCCCUGUCCUCCUCUGACUCCCGAGCUUGGUUUCCCCGGAUCCUCGGUGGGGCAUCCUCCGGUACCCCUGAUCUUGUGUGCAGAACCCGGGGACUGAUGGAGGAGUCCCCCCCGCCCGAGGAUGGCCGCUCUGGGUUACCGGAGGUGGGCUUCGCCGGUCUCCUGCUCCUCUUCGCGGCCUCUCUGAUCACCGUGCUGGCCUGGCUGCUGCAGCUCACCCGAGGGUCUCCUCGCCCACCUCCCCCGGGUGGCCGCGCCUUGCUCACAGCGCUCUGCGGCUUCCCGUCUAUACGGGAGAGCUGGAGUAGAGCCUGGGCUCGGGCUCUCAACCGGGAAGCUGCCCGAAGCAGGGGUUCAGUACAGAUGCAGUUUGAAGAGGGCACUUCAAUCCAUCCAAAUGCGCAAAUUGCUCAAGUGGUCUGCACUGAUCAUUCGGAUAACAACAUGGUAUUCCUCUGCAAUCUUUCUGCUGAUACUGUUCGAUUUCCAGUCUCCGUGACCCAGGAAUCUCCUGCUGCUGUUUCCAUGGAAACCUAUCAAGUCUCCCUUACAUUAAAACAAGCCCAGAUGGAAGUUCGCCUACAGGAGCUACCUCAAGAAGGCCUUCUAAUGUCCUGGGGAUUUAGAGAACGUCCUGAUAUAUUACUUGAGGUCAUCCCACGUCACUCACGUCAGGGCACAGAAGGGGGUCCGGCGCUUUGCACAAUCCAGGGCCUUAUAAAGGAUGCCUUGCUCAGUGCACAGCCAGCAAUGGUGUUUAACUUAAAGGACUGCGAUGGCGAUACGGGUCUCUGUAAUCGACUGCUUAGGGGGUCUCCAUGUCGAGCUGAGAGCCCCAAACUACUUCUUCGCCAGAUAAGAUUGCAGGAUUUGACACUUUCUGAUACUGAGGUGGAGCUGAAGUGCGAAGCUGAGCUGGACUGUCCACGACAGCACAGAGAGACACGUGGAGUCAAAAUGCAGUGCAAAGGAGAGGCCUGUAACCUUUCUUGGAGUGAGGAGAUGACAUUUGACCUCACACCUGAGAGCAAGGAGUUGUCAUUGAGAGUGUGGCAGAUAAGGAACAAUGAAAAAGGCUUGGUGGGAUACGUCAAAGUGGCAUUGGGGUCGCCUCAUAGAGAACUCUGUGGGAAGCACCUUUACCCUCUGUCCCUAAGUGCACCAUUGCCUAAAUUAUCUGCGCCCACUUUGUCUGUGGAGUUUGCUCUGCCAGAGUCAACUGGACUUCACACUACCUUGGGAGCACCAACUCCGAGAAUUAACAUCACUCCAACCAAGAAAGUAGAGAUGGAUCGCACUGUGAUGCCUGAUGGCACCAUUGUCACAACCGUUACCACCAUCCAGUCACGACCCAAACUCGAUGGCAAGAUAGAUUCUCCAUCACGGUCUCCAUCCAAGGUUGAAGUGACAGAAAACAAGCCUGUUGUCCUGCCCCGCAAUUGCUCGCCAGGUUCCUCCCCUAGUGGCAGUGGUGGUUCCCCUAUUUCCCUCAAGCUGGACCCUGUAGCAGAAACUGCUAUUAGGCAAUUGACUGAGCCAAGCAAUAAGCCAGCCAAGAAGACGCCGACCAAACGCAGCACACUUAUCAUCUCUGGGGUUUCAAAGGUUCCAAUAGGGCAGGAUGAAAUGGCACUUUCACUUGGAUAUGCAGCUGCUAUGGAUGCAUCCUUGCAAGAAUCGUCUGUAAGUGAUCAAGACCCUUUACCAGAGACCUCUGAUCCACUCCCUUCCGAGGUGACUCCACCCUUUGGGCCGGAUACUGAUGAUACCACACGAUCGGAUAUUUCAGACCGUCCUUCUGUGGAAGAUCUGGAGUCAGAGACCGGCUCUACAGGCGCUUUAGAAACCAGGAGUCUCAAAGAUCACAAAGUCGGAUUCCUACGUAGUGGCACUAAACUGCUCUUCCGCCGGCGUCACAGAGAGCCUGGGCUCAGUCAGUCACAUGACAACCUGACAGAAGCUGCGUCUCGCAAGAAAAGCGGAAGUUUUCCACGUCGUUUGCUCAAACGAUUUUCUCUGAAGACGAAAUCCAAGCCUAGUGUCAACGGCAGUGCCCAGGGUGGAGAGAAGUGAUGGGGAGAAGCUGUCUAGGGGAGACUACCUAUCUACCUCCUUCUUAACCCUGCAUGCCCCCUCUACAUAGCUGCUCACCUUCAAUGAGUCAAUAAGGCUGGACUAUAAAAUGCUGUAUGUGAGUGUGAUAUGGACAAAGGAAAAUAAGGUCAAAAGCAUGUGCAAAGACUGCAAUAGGUGAAGAUUUCUCUUACCCAAGUAUGUCAUUGGAUUCUGAACAUUUAAAGUAGGUGUGCACAGGUUGAUGAUUUCUUCAGUACGUAAGAAGAGGAUUAUGAAGGAAUAGAAUAAGACAAGUUUGCAAUGCUGUGAUACAACAAAUAUUUAUGGUGGAAUUGUUGUCCACUUCCCGUUCAGGAUUUGUUAUUUAAAUGUGGAACCGUGAUUCUCUCUAUGGUGUGCGCCUAUCAAUCCAUGAAAAUGAUUUGUUCUAAAUCCUUCUUACUUUUAAAUGUUUAGAAAAGGACAUUCUACGUACAGAUGGCACAUAAAAACUAAUUUUAUAUAAAGUCAAUAUUUAAAAAAAAAAAAAAAAAAAGAAAUAUUGGUAAGUGCUCCAGAUAUGGCAUGUGCCCUGCUUCAAACCAAAUCCAAGAUAAGUUGUUGUGGGGUUUCUUGCUACCAGGCCAGGGACCAUCUUUAUUCUUAAUAAUUCUUGGUAAUUGCUACACCUGCUGUGCAAAAUUAGCUGUGUGAUAUUGGCAUAUCCUCAUGUAGCCUAAAAUUAAACUGUGAUCUUGGCCCACUA